AUGGGGUCUGUAAUCAGCAAAGCUGCGAAUGGCAUUGGUUCUGCCCUGGGAAAUGCAUUUGUAGCUCCCGUUAGGACAGUGUUUGGCGCAUCAUGCGAGGGUAUUUGUUCAGGAACAUGGGAUAUAGUCUGCUUUAUUGAGCACCUAUGUAUAUCCAGUCUGGUGAAACUGUUCAUGGUCUCGGUCCUCACAUAUAUAAUUCUGCUCUUCAUAUACCUCCUAUUUCAAGUGGGAAUCAUCCAGUGCAUAGGGAGAAGCCUCUGUAAGAUGACAUGGGCAGCAUGUGAGACCUACUGGACUGCACUGGAAGAAAUUACUUGUUUCUUGUGGCACAAGCUGAAAAACACCAAGCGUGUGUAUCGCCGCCGAUUUGAAGACAUGGAAGAAGGAUACAGUUCUAGCAGUGAUGAUGACUCCUUUGUUGAGAACUAUGGGAGGAUAAAGUUUACAAGGAAGCAAAGGUCAGUUAGGGAGAGAAGAAAAGAUCAUCUUCGAAGAUCAUUGUAUCCUAUAAGGCAGAGUUCAAAAUUAAGAAGGUAUCGGAGUGGUAGUCACCAUCAUGUGAAGUUGAAAACAAGAGAGGUCUCUGUACAUGUCAAGGGUUCUGGAAGAAUUGGAAACUCAAGGCAGCUUCAUCUGACAAACAUGUCUCACUACAAUGGAAAGAAGCUCUUUAAGAGGUGA